AUGAGCGAGUUAUUUGCCGAAGAUGCUGCCUUGGUGCGGAGAGACUACGUCUUCAUCCCCGCCGGCCUCCUCAUUGCCGGCACCUGGAUUUGCAAGAGGGACUGGACCAUCUACGCCGCCAUUGUAGCCGUCCUAUUCGGCGCAUACAACCUGUACGCUCUCCGAAUCGUACCUGUUCUCAAACCCGACACGUUCCAGGAGUUUGAGCUCGCAGAGAAGACAGUCAUCUCCCACAAUGUAGCCAUGCCUCCCGCCUUCAGCUACCGAUUCAAGCUCCCCGCAAAGACCUCGAUCCUCGGCCUCCCCAUCGGCCAGCACAUCUCCAUCGGCGCCCCGAUCGAGCAGCCCGAUGGCACCACCAAGGAAAUCGUCCGCUCCUACACCCCCAUCUCCGGAGACCACCAGCCCGGCUACUUCGACCUCCUCAUCAAGUCCUACCCCCAGGGCAACAUCUCCAAGCACAUGGCCUCGCUCAUCGUCGGCCAGAGCAUCCGCGUCCGCGGCCCCAAGGGCGCAUUCGUCUACACCCCCAACAUGGUCCGUCACUUUGGUAUGAUCGCUGGUGGCACCGGCAUCACCCCCAUGCUCCAGGUCAUCCGUGCCAUCGUCCGCGGCCGCGAGAAGGGCGACCGCACCGAGGUUGACCUCAUCUUCGCCAACGUCACCGCCCAGGAUAUCCUCCUCCAGGAGGACCUCGAUUCCCUGACCAAGGAGGAUGCCGGCAUCCGUGUGCACUACGUUCUCGACAAGCCCCCCGAGGGCUGGACCGGCGGUGUCGGAUAUGUCACCGCCGACAUGAUCACCGUGAGUCAAAUCCCGCUUCCCUUGUUCUUGCGAAUCGGGGUUCCAUUUCCCUCAGACCGUAUCACUGACCCUUCUCUUCAGAAAUGGCUCCCCAAGCCCGCCGACGACGUCAAGGUUCUCCUCUGCGGCCCCCCUCCCAUGAUCAGCGGUCUGAAGAAAACCACCGAGAGCCUGGGCUUCAAGAAGGCUCGCCCCGUCAGCAAGCUGGAGGACCAGGUCUUCGCCUUCUAA